AUGGCCGACUCUAAUCCCCCACCGCAGCAGCCCGCUGCUGGCACCGGCGCAGCCUACAAGGCGCCCAGUCCUAAGCCGAAACAGAACCCAGCUCUACGAAUGAUGGGCCUGCCAAAUCUUCCUCGAAAACUCCCUUCACGUAACUGGCUCAUUUUCUGGGCCAUCACUGGUUCUAUUUCAGCAGCUAUUAUCUACGACAAGCGCGAGAAGAAGAGGGCUACAGCCAAGUGGAAGCAUGUCGUCGCUCCUCUCGCAACCGACUUAAUCCCCUCAGCGAGCCACCUCCCUCGCAAGCUGACAAUCUACCUCGAAUCACCCCCUGGGGACGGUCUACGUGUUGCGCAGGAUCACUUUAUUGAGUAUGCGAAGCCCGUCCUGGCAGCUUCUGGCCUUGACUGGGAGUUCGUCCAAGGGAGACAACAGGGUGAUGUGAGAGCCGCCGUGGCAGAGAAGAUUCGUCGCGAGAGAAGACAGUACGAGCGAUCAAGCGAAGAGGAUCUACAAACAGACGAGGCGAUAACCGCUGCUUUGAGGAAGAAGAACAAUAUACCAGAAUAUGACGGUGUCAAGGGUGAUAUCGUCUUCGGCCUACAUACAUGGAAGGAGUAUAUGCGAGGACUACACGAAGGCUGGCUGGGUCCUCUUGAUCCUCCUGCGAAGCCCGAGACGGAGACAAAACCUGUCGCCAUCGAACCGGCUGCUGAGACCCCCAAGGUUGAGGGCGAACAGACUGAAGAGAAGAAGGAAGAGCCUAAGGAGAAGAAAGAGGAAGAGAAGAAGCCUGAGCGACCACCUCAACCAGUUCCCUACAACACCACCGCCGACUACCCCCUGGCUAGUCUUCCCACCAAUAUUCCUGCCGAAUUCUCCCCCUCCAACCCCAUCCCUCUCCCCCACCGUCUCGGCUUCCGCCAUACUCUUGUCCGUCUGAACCGUUUCUUCAACCGCCGCAAGCUCGCCGACGAAAUUGGUCGCGAAGUUGCCGCUGUGUGCUUCGCUGCUUCUUCUCGGGAAUGGCGCGAGGCCGAUGGCCAGUACGAGCAGCAGCUCGUCCUCAAGCACGAAGAGAAAGACUGGGUCAAGUCAGUAUGGAACACCGAGGAGCCUGUCAAGAAGGACGACGACAACGCAGCAACCACGCCUGCUCAGCCCCCCAAGGAGAAGAUCUGGCCUGCGCCCAUGGUCGUUGACCCUAGGUUGGCACAGCGCAUGCGACGCUUUGAGAUGAGCCCCGAGAUCGAGGCCCGCGCCGCUCAAAUCAAGGUCCCUGAGGCCGAGGUUGAAGGUUGGAUCAAGGGAAGCCUCCGCAGCUUGUGGAACUGGACUGUUGAAUCAGCGACCGCCAAGCCCAUGCGACCGAAUGUUGGAAACGUGGACAGUGAUGAAUAG